AUGAGGAAGAAAGGGAAGGAAAGAACAGCAAAACCACAAGCACAGCGGAAGAUAAACACGAAGAAGAGACACUCGGAUGAACGUCGACAGAUUGAAGACAAGCAGAAGAGGAGAAAAGUGUGGAAGAAAGUGGAAGUUAAUGUGGAAGAUCAUAUCAAGUUCUCAAAAUUCCCGGAACAUUUAUCACCAGAAAACUAUAGUGACCAUUUUGAUGAUUACAUCUCAAAAAUCGCUACAUCACAACUUCCGAAAGACAAACCUUUGUGGGAAGUUCACACAUUCAACUACCCAACUAAGAAUAACGCAGCUGCAACUUUAAUAGUUAAGUUUCACCAUGCAGUUGGUGAUGGUACAUCUCUCAUGGGCGUCGUCUUCUCUUGCUUUAAGCGAGUCGACGACCCGACGCUGCCUCUCACUUUCCCUUCCACUACUAGGACUUCUUCUUCAAAGGGACAUCAAUUACAUGAUUUUAAAGCUACUUUGAUGAAAGUUAUCAACAUUGUGCCUAAAUUUUUAUGUUCAAUGUUAUCCUCCAUAUACGAUUUUGGACAAACUCUUAGGGUGGUGCUUGUUGAAGAUGAUCUUACUCCAAUUAGAUCUGGAAAUACCAACAUGGCUAUUCCUUGUUCAGCAAAAGUUUGUUCAGUCACUUUAUCUCUCACUGAUGUCAAGAGAAUCAAGUCAAUUCUCCAAGUGAGUGUUAAUGAUGUUGUUAUGGGGAUAAUUUCUUUCGCAACCCGUUUAUAUAUUCAAGACGCAGACCAAGGAGGACGACUAAAGAAUGCCCGCAUAACCGCAUCAAUGACUAUCAAUCUCAGGAGCGUCAAGAGAUUUGCAAGUCCCGAAGAGAUGCGCAAAGAAAAAACAUGGGGAAAUAAGAUCUCAGUGAUUGAAAUGCCACUCCCAAAUUUAGAGAAGACUGACAUUAGAAAUCCACUAAAUUUUGUUAUGAAAGCCCAUAAAAUUCUCAAGAGAAAGAAGAGCAGUGUGGGUGCCAUAUAUCUCACGGCAUGGACCCUUGAUGCUAUAAGGACAUUCGCUGGCUUUAAGGCUCCGUUUGGUAGGGCGUAA